AUGACUGGCAAUAGCUAAAGAAACUUCGGGGAUAUUAUAAAAUAAGAUUGUAAUUAUUUAUUUAAUUAAUAACAUGACUAAUCAUACGUUCAGUAAGAAAUACAAAAUGAGUUAGAAAAAUAAAGUUAAAACCUCAGCCAUUUAGAAAAAUAUUAAAUUAAUCAAAAAACUAAUAAUAAUUAAAAUAUAAUUACUAAUUAUUAGUUUUAAACUUUGCUUAAAUCAUAAUUAUGUAAUAAAAAACACUACUCUAUUGAUUUGAAAUUAAGUUAAGAUUCUUAAAAGUAUUAGUUAAUUUAACAAUAUAGUUAUAUUAACUCUAAAAAUGAAUAAAGUAGUAUUAAAUAUGAAAUCAAAGAAAUUAAAAAGACCGAAUUCUAAAUUUUUAAAAAUUAUUACAGUAAUUAACAAACUAAUUAAAUUAACUCUAAAAAUCAAUAAAGUAGUAUUAAAUAUGAAAUCUAUGAAAAUAAAAAUUCCAAAUUCUUACUUAAUUCUACCUAAAACAUGAUAGACAUAAAUGAAACUCAUAGCAAUAAUCUGAAUAAUCGCAUUGGUAUUUUUUAUUAUUAAAGCAUUAAUGAGUCUUCAUCAAUGGUGGUUGAUGAAUAAAAUGACAAAACAAUAAAAAUUAAAUAAUUUAAAGCAAAUGAAAAAUAAAGUAAAUCUCAAUAGAUCAAAAACUAUGAAAACUUAUCAACUAAAAUUCAAGCUAAAUCCACUAAUUUGGUAUACUAAGAUAAAAAUAUAAAAGAAAACGACUAUUAAUAUUAUAAAAUUCAAACUAAUCCGAUUGUAGAAAUAAAGAGAUAACUCACAAAUAGGAAUUAUUAAUUAAAAGAGUAUGAAGAAGAAAUAGGUGGUGGCUUUGUUAUACGAGCUACUAAGUAAAUCGGAUUAAAUAAUUAAAAAAAGUACUUAUUAUUGGCAAGAUUAAUUGAAACUUAAAAUAGCUAUUAAGAGAAUAAAGAAAAGUUAGAAUUUUUAUAAUUAUUACAAGAAACUAAAAAAUAUAUCCAAAUAGAAAAUUCUUUUGAACUAUCUUUAAUUAGUUAUCCAUAAUCAUUUUUUUUUGUAAUAGUUUUGCUAGAAUUUUAAAAAACAUACAUUUUUCUUCAAAAUAUUAAGAAAAUAAUUGAUUUCUUUAAGGAAAAUCAAUAUUAUUUAGGAAAAUUUAUAGGUGAAGGAGGUUUUGGUGUUGUUUUUGAUGGAAAAAUAUAUCAAAAUAAUAAAAUAUAAGAAGUAAUAUUCAAAAUAUAAUUCACAGAUGAGUAAAAUAUGAAUGAAAGUGAAGAAGAAUAUCUUAUUAUGAAAGGAUUUGAAAAAAAUAUUAAUUUGAUUAAUGCUAUUGAUUAUAAAAAAAUAGACUAGAAUGUUUCUGUUAUAUUGAUGGAAAAGUGUGAAUAUAUAAAACCUUCAAAUAUUUUAAUUAAUCGUUAUGGUAUUUAUGUUAUUACCGAUUUUGGAACAUCUACUAAAAAUAAAAAUGAUCAACCUAUUUAAGUUAAAGGGUAUACAGAAAGCUUCGCUCCCAAAGAAGUAAUUAAAAAUGAAGAAGUUAAUUAUUAAUCAGAUGUUUAUUCUUUAGGAAAAACAUUAGAAACUGUUUUUAAGGAUUACGAAAAACUUUAAAAUAUUAAUUAAAAAGAAAAAACUAUGCUUCAGAAAUUCAAAUAAAUUUUAACAGAUUCUGCACUCAGGGAAUAAGUCUUUGAAAGAAAAACAUGCUUGGAAUUGCAUAAAGCAUUUUAUGAAGCUGUUAUAUUUGAAGGAUAUUUAGAUUUUUUAUAAUCUUAUAUUGAUAAAAUUAGAUUAAUUUUAUCAUAAAGCUGUAGUGAUAGGAACAAAGAUAUCUAUUUUUUUCGUGAAGUAUGUAUUUAUUAUAAUGAAAAAAUACUUGACUUAAAACAAAAGAUUAAAAAAUCUCAUAUUUUAAACUUUGUUGAAAUUGAAUCGCUUUCUUAAUCUUCUUUAAGAAAGAUUGAUAAAAUAUAAAGUUAACAAGAUUCAGAGUGGAAUCUCUAUACAGCCAGAACAUUUAAUAAACUUGCUUUUUUUCACAAAAAAGAAAUUGGUUUAGAGUAUUCUCUUAAAUCUUUAUAAAUGGUUGAAAAUAUUAUUAAAGGAGAUAAUGAUUUUAAAUCCAUUUACCUGAAUACUCUUUCAUGGUGUUAUUCAAGUUUAAAUGAUCAUAAACAAGCCUUUAAAGUAUCAGAAGAAUCUCUAAAAAUGAGACUUAAUUUGUUUAAGUUAUAUCAUCCUAGAAUUUCUUUAGCUCUUAACAAUUUAGGAACUAUAUAAUUUCUUUAUAAAGAAAAUCAUCCAUGCAUAGCAAGAUCUCUUCAUUGUGUUGGAUAAUGCUAUUUAAAUAUGGGAGAUUUAGAAUAAGCAAAAAAAUUGUGUUGCAGUUUCUCUAGCUAGUAUUGCAACAUAUCAUUAAUAGUCUGGUGA